CCAGUGGAAUGGUCGUCGGCUAGACAUCGCGAGUGCACAGUCAACAAACCUUUCACGCAACCAAUUCGAAACCGAGAACUUUAAGAAUCCAAAAUGUGACAGAAUAUCCCAUGUUUUUGUUGCCAGUCAGGUGUUAACCUGUGUAAGAGGGAUAGGAGGCAUGGUCUAAAAGACCAGAUGAGCAGUUUCAGUAUUGGCGGUUUAGAAAGACUACGAAAAUUGCUUCCCACGGCAGUCCGGCGCGAGCGUACAUCGCCUACCACAAACUUGGCGCUGGUAUGGAGGCGCAGACAGCCACGCCGCAGGGCGAUUGCGAGUGUGGCGUCCAUCCUUCGGUCUUCUACCUUCUGGCGACGCUACUGCUUACCAGUUGUUCAACGGCGAUGUUAUGCGCAGCUAUCAUGACCGAACACUGGGAGCAUGUGUCGUGGGAACGGAGCGCACUAACGGCGUUGGCGAACGCCUCCAACACUGCCUUACAGUGGCUGCUCGAUGAGAAGGUCGUUAAGGUAGAGGAUACUAGCAAGAAAAAAGGUGGAGGAACAUUCUUAGUACCAAUGAAUGGUGGCAUUUGGAAGAUGUGCGUGUCAUUGGAAGAGGAAGAAGUAUCAUUACUGUCGAAUGCCGGUUUUCCGACAGAGCCGCUGUGCACAAAUUAUUUAGCAGACGACGAAUCUGAGGAACCGCGGGCUGAUUGGCAGCAUAGAAUGCAGAAUCUGUCAAUAUCAUGCGCGUUAGUUUGUCUGAUAGUAUUAGGUAGUGCUGCGCUGGUUGGAGCUUUCGGAGUUUGUAAGCAUCAGAUCAGCGCUGUGCUCAUCACUGGUGUUAUGUACCUUUUAGCGGGUUUAUUUGCAAUGUUCACACUUAUGAUAAUACACUUCAAGCGUGUACAAAGAGUAUCGACACGGGGAAGUCCCCACGUAGACGAUACAGCGGACGGUUUAAUUGGCCCACGCGGCCCUGCUCUCCCCUUAUUAUCCGCGAGGGAAUUCACUACAUCUUGGUCGUUAGAACUAGGUUGGGGGGGCGUAGUACUAGCCACGACUACUUCGUUACUCUGGAUUCUGCUGUCUAAGAUUAUGAGAUAUAAUCCACUGUCAAGCAUGCUGAUGUAAGCUUUGAGUGACGCACUUUGGACUUUGUCCACCGAGAGUUAUAAUUCAUAAUAUGAUACCUGUGUAUCUGCAUACGGAAGCAACUAUCAUAGACCACUUUAUUUAUAACUCAGAACUCGAUUUAUUAAAUUAAAUCAGCUUAAUUGCAAUUAUUAAUUUAACGUUCUUCCUUGUUGUCUAUCAAAUUAUGUUUGUGCAAAAGGCAAAAAAUAGUACUUGCGUUGAAACAUUGUAAUAAGACUUAUUUAAUUUUUAUAAAUAUUUUCAGGAUAUAUUUUGCAGAUUAACAGUUUGGUCGAAUCCGCUACUAAAUAUAAUAACUAUACUCUUAUCAGGAAUGAUAAAGUCCUUUGUGCGUUGAAGCUCUUUAU